GAUGUACGUGUAUCCUCAUGUCCACAUACUGUGUACAACUAAUCACUCUAUAAUCAUGCCAUCCACUUUACCUCCUUCUGCAGACUCCCGGAACAAAUUCGAGGACCUAUCUGGGGUUGAUAGUACUCAGUAUUCAAAUCCGUACGAUGCCUUGAUCGAGGCGUGCCGAGAUGACCCUGCCAAGCUUCAAGACAAAUACUCCGCACACCGCGUGACACGUAAUAGUCAGCAAAAAGAAAAAUUGCUCUCGUCGGACUUUUCGGGAUUGAUCCUAGAUCCCAUUCUCCAAAGGUUGACAGACUCUUCUGUACAGCCAGGGUUUCGAGAUCCGAGGCACUGCUUAGUGUUUUGGGCCAGACCUCCAACACACAUACGCUCUCUGGUGGAAAGGGUGCAGCACAAAUUGCUUCGUCUGGCACCAAACCUUUGGUUAAUGCCCUUGCAAAACCUGCACCUGACGGCCCUUGAGAUUACACACUCUUUGACUGAGCCAGAGAUAGAAACCAUAGUUUCUCAGCUUGGCCAACCAGUCAUCAGAUCGAUGACUGAUUACACUUACAGUCACCGUGCUCGCUUGAUCAAGCCCAUGAUCUCUUACGACGGAGCAGCCUUGGCAUUGUCUUUCCUUCCUGCAUCCGGAGAAGGGCUACCUUCAAAGGAGAGCAGUAAUCUGGAUGAGAGAACGCGAGAAGAGGACAGCUUCACCUAUCAUCACUUACGUCGAGAUUUAUUCAAUAUUGCCAAAGAGGCUGUGCAUAUUAAUUCUCGUUAUGUGGUUCCCAGCUCUCACAUCACCGUCGGACGUUUUCUGACUCAAGAUGAUCACGACACACCAGGGAAGAUGGAACUGUUCAUCAGAGAGAUUGAAGAUAUUAAUGCUUGGCUUCAAGAAGCGUAUUGGCCGGAAAACGGAGGUGAUAGGAUAGAAGAUGGAGAGUGGAUUGUAGGUCAAGAAAAGGGGCUCGAUUUCCGGCACGGCACGUUGUGGUAUGGAGGCGGCACGACCAUUAGACUUGGAAAGGGGUUUUAAACAAUCAAACUGCGCAGUAAUACGUUGGAUGAUUUUCUACUUGAAAUAAAGAGACAGAAAAGUUUGCAGAACCACACAAGUCGACUUUCAAUCUCGCUUUAUGCGCUGGACUGAGGUGAUAUCGCAUAACAGUUUUUGUGUAUUACUGCAACCAUCGGAUAUGCAAACUGCAUUCAGACUAGAAGUUACCAAGCAUGGCUGUUGGACCUGGAAGUAUGUUUUCCUUACGAAAUUGGUGUAUAUGUAACUCCAACAACCAGAUCUCUGUCGUUAC